AGGUGAGUUCUUCAGGAAACAAAGAGUGACUAAGGAACAUGAAGCCCUACCACAUUGUUCUGACGUUGAGCCUCAUCGCUGUCAUCACUGAAGCUCAGCAGAGCUGGCUGAUGGAAACCUUGAACUGUUCCAGUGACUUUGAAUCACGGAUAGACUGCACUUGGUCUGAGCUUCAGGAGGCAAAUGCCUUUGUCAAGAUGCACCUUUUUAACAAAGAAACAAGUUUAAACCUCACAAAGAUGAUCUGCAAUAGCCAAGAACUAGACUCCCAGAUACAUUGGAGCUGUAGCAUGAAUGAAACCAUUUUCCAUUCUUUGAGGAGUGACUUGUUCAUUUUCAAACCUGAUCGGGAAUUGGGAAUCCAGCUGAAUGUUGACCUCUUCAGUAACAUCCAGCCUCUGUCACCUGAGAUAUUAAAUGUCACUGUCACAGAAGAACAUGAUUUCCUGUUGGAAUGGAAAGCAGGUGGAGGAACAAACAGAAAUCGCUUGUUGGAAGGCCUCCCCCUGGAUUUUCAAAUAACCUACAAAAGAACCUGGGAACUUUGGGAGGAAUCUUCCUCUGUUUUGAUCUCCAAUAGCUCCCAUUACCUUCUCCGACACAAUAACCUUGUGCCUGGCAGCAGGUAUGUUGCCCGAGUUAGAAGCAAACCAAAUCAAGGCAGUGGAUUUGCUGGCCAUUAUAGUGACUGGAGUCCCAUGGUAACUUGGCAAACACAGGAAGAUGAUGCUCUGCCCAAGAAUCUUCAAUGUUAUUUUAAUGGAAUUGAUAGGUUCAAAUGCAGUUGGGAGGUGAGACAGGAGGUCAUCAGUUCUGUCUUGUUCACACUCUUCUACAAAGACAAUCCUGGAUCAGAAGAGAUGGAAUGCUCUGAAGUCUAUCAAGUACCUCUUAUAAGCAAUAAUGCCACUUAUCAUGUAUUGCAAAGCUGCGAGAUCAAUGUCACUAACCCAAACCAGCAAAGCCAAUAUCUCGUGCGUGUAGGGCCAAAAGAAGAAGCGAAAAAGAUAAACAUGGGUGAGAACAUCAAGCCAUACCCACCUUACAACCUGUCUAUGUCUGGGUUGGAUGGUCCUGAGUACAUCCUGAUGUGGAACUCCAAAGAGAUCAACAAAAUUUUGAAAUUGCAAAAGAUAUAUCAGAUCUCAUACUGGGAAACUGGAAAACCUUUAGAGGCCCAAGAUGUUUACAGUGAUGCUGAGAAAUUUACCUUCACUUCACUGUUCCUGGAACUAGGUAAAAGUUACACAGCAAAGGUGCGAACAAAAGUAAACCGUCCUAGCUUCAAUGGUUCUUGGAGUGAAUGGAGUGAGGAAUGUGUCUGGCCAACCACCAGAGUUUUUCCUCCCUGGGGUAUCUUGCCAAUAACAGUGAUUUUUAUCAUUCUGAUGCUGGCAGGAAUCUGCUGUUGCCAAAAAUACCUUCUCAGCAUGAAAAAGGAAUGGGAAGCAAACAUUCCAAGUCCUCCCAAGACGUUUCUUCUCCCCAGUUUUUUCCCGAAAGUGAAAUUGGCAAACCAUUUGGAAGACAACAGUGCCCAGAGUUCUUUAGCAGAGGAAGGAAUCAGUCAUACCAGUAAACUGGAGAGGGAAUUACUGAUUAGCAGCUCAGCAGCUACUGAAGAUGGGUCAAGGAAAAUACCGCAUUUGGUUUGGUGUCAGGAUAUGAAAAAGAUAGAUCCUCUCAGCAAAGACAAUACAGGCCAGAAUUGUACCAGUCCCAAUGCACAAGUAUUUGAUUUUAAUGGCCCAUACAUAUAUUCCUCUUCAGAGUCCUUUAUACAUACUGUUCAGCAAGAUUUGAAAGUUACUCCUUCAGAAAUGAAGGAAACACCAGUGUCUCUGCAGUAUAUGGGAUUGCCGCCUUCUUUGUCUCUUCAGCAACAGCCAGUAGGGAAAGAGAAAAAUACUUUGUCUAAUGUCCAUCAGCAGAUGGGAGAGAAGCUUCUGUUUCCUACAAGUCAAGAAGCAUCUCACAUCCAGGAGACAAGUGGACAGUUGGAGAAAGAGGAAACUGAAGGAUGGAGGCCAACAUGUCUUUCCAGCUCAAAUAGCCACUGUCAAAAUUUGCCAUUAGACUACAUUGCUGCAGUAGAUCUAUCAAUAAGCAAAGAAAAGGGAUGUUUAUUGCCAUUACCUGUACUGGCCUCAGAAAAAGGGAUGCUUCCUUGUGCUAAUACAGCAAUAGGUGCUGCACAGUUGCCCCAAACUAUUGAAAAUCUCUCAGAUUCAGAGUUAUGCAAAAGGACAUCAAAACCGGUCCUCCCAGUUAUGGAUAAAGGUAUUGGUGACCACUCAGCAAUAUCUCAGGAAGAAUCUAAUGACUAUGUUAUGAACUUUUCUGCUACCUCUGGUUCUGUGUCAAAGGAUGGACUUGCUUUUGCCACGGAGGAGCCCGAGCCUAAGCAGGAUAUUCUUAUAUUCAGUCUUGGCAACAGAAGCCCAGUUUUCUUAUAUCAAGAGGGUGAAUACUGCUUCUUUCCUGGCUCCAAACCCACCAAAGAAGACUGUAAGGGUCAAAAAGCACCUGUGGGACACCAGUCUCCAGAAAUCUUUCCAAAGGUCACCAAAUCCCCCUGUGAGACAAAAUUUGCUGACAGCAAGCUACAGGUCACCUCUCAGGUAUGUCAAGACAUGUGAAAACAUGUGCCUCAGUAAAAGCUCUCUAGCCCUUGAAUACAUAAUCUUGCUCUCUUUUGUGCUAUGUGAGGGUUAUUUUUCACAUAAUCAGAAGAAAACAAGCUGAUAUCAAAUAUAUCCACUGCCAAAGCCAGGGAGAGAAGGAAAACAGGCCUCCUGCCCCCAAAGGAGGGCUGCCCAACCUAUUGCAGAGAUGAGGCAGGAGAAAGAAUUGCAAGUAUGAACUUCAACAUAGCCAUAAAUACGAUUUGCUUUUGAUAC